UUGUGACGCGGCAAUCAUGGCCAGUUGGUCGAAGGAUAAUCUUUUACAGUUUAUAGAGGAGUUUAGGAAACAUGAAUGUGUAUGGAAGGUUAAGUCAAAAGACUAUCACAAUAGGGAAAAGAAGGAAGCAGCCCACCGUAGUUUACUAUUAGUAGUGAAAGGGUUUGACAGUACUGCAACAAAAAGCGAUGUGUUGAAGAAGAUAAACAAUAUCAGAAGUGCAUUUCGUAAGGAACAAAGAAAGGUAACAGCCUCUCAACGUUCUGGCAGUGGUACAGACGAUAUAUAUGUACCAAAGCUGUGGUACUACAGAGAACUUUUGUUUCUUAUUGACCAGGAAGAAUGUCUAGGAGGGACUUCCAACUUAGGAGAAGGAAGAGUCAGUGAAGACGAGGAGAUGCUGGACGAUUCACAAAAAGAACCAUUAGAUGCUGAGGAAAAUGUACCAGCGCCCCAAUCUCUACAGAAUCCUCCUCAAGUUGCUCGAACCGCUUCCAAUAUUACCUCUGCAAACACCUGA